AUGUCCACGACUGCCAACUCUCCCAAUCCACCAAUACCGAUCCUCCUCCUCAAAUCCCCCUCCCCCACCCCCCGCCUCCGACGCCUACACCCUCCACCUAACCCCGCCCUUCCACCCAACCUUCGUCCCCAUCCCAACCCGUUCCCCUACGGUGCUUUGAUAUUCACAUCCCAGCGCUCCGUCGCUGCGUUCGCUUCCGCGCUGAAUGCGCCGCAGGUGGUGAAGAUUAGGGAGGAGGUGGCGGACGGGCUGGGUGGCGGUGGAGUACGAUUGUAUGUGGUGGGGCCGGCGACGGGGAGGGCGUUGAGGGCGGUGCGGGAUGAGAGGUGUGCUGGGUGUGGGAUUCAUGGGGGUGAGGAGGCGGGGAGCGGGGAGGUGCUUGCUAGAAUUAUGUUGGGGGAAGGGGAGGGGAAAGGGGCGUAUAGUUUGCGAGAGAGGGAAGGGCAAAGCAUGAAACCGGCACUGUUCCUGGUGGGGGAGAAGAGGAGGGAUAUCAUACCGCGCAUGCUUAUGGAUCCGAAACUGCCAGAAGGGGAAAGGAUACAGGUUGACGAGAUGGAGGUUUAUAAAACCGGCGAACUGGAAGAAUUCGAGUUCCAUUUCACGCAAACGCUAACCCGAACGGAACCCGAGACGGUCAGGUGGGUCGUGGUGUUCUCGCCCACGGCCGGGGAAGGCAUGUUGAGAGGUCUCGGAUGGCUUGACAAGGCGAGUGAGAGGGUCAAGGCCUGUAUAGGGGACCCGGGCAGGAGGACGUUCGUGGCCUGUAUCGGACCGACGACGAGGAACUAUCUGGUCCAGGAGUUUGGGUUUGAACCUGAUGUGAUUGCUCAAAAGCCGAGUCCGCAAGGUGUGAAGGAGGGGAUUGAAAGCUUCAUGAAGGAGAGGGCGCCAUGA